UUCCAGGUGACAAGUUCAUCAAUUUCCUGCCGGAUCCAAAGUUCCGGCCGUCGCAAGCUACUAUCACCGGUGAUCAAUGACCAUCAACGGAGAUGAUUUUGACCGGAAAAGUGAACUUAAGGCGUUUGACGACACGAAAGGUGGAGUCAAAGGCCUGGUAGACUCCGGAAUCACCGAAGUACCUCGGAUUUUCAUUCAACCACCUGAAGUUUUCCCACAAGCCAAUAACACUGAUUUCGAUCUACCGAUUAUAAACCUCCAUGGAUUCAUCUCGGAUCCAGUUCGAAGAAAGGAGAUUGUGAAGGAAGUCGGUGAAGCAUCCAGGACAUGGGGGUUCUUCCAAGUGAUCAACCAUGGGAUUCCGGUGAGUGUUAUGAGAGAGAUGAAGGAUGGAGUACUUAGAUUUUUCAAUCAGGAUCACGAUCUGAAAAAAGAAUGGUACGUUACGGAUAUCACUAAGAAAUUCUUCUAUAACAGCAACGUUAAUCUUUCGUGCACACUACCUGUUCGAUGGAGAGACUCGUUUCUUUGCAGGAUGGCUCCUGAUCCUCCAAAUCUUCACGAAUUGCCUCCACCAUUCAGAGAUAUACUGAUCGAGUAUUCGGAUCAAGUGACCGAAUUAGGGUUUUUGUUGUUCAAGUUGAUUUCCGAGGCUCUUGGGCUUGAUUCUAAUUACCUCAAAGAGAUUGGCUGUGCUGAUGGACUCGCCACCAUCUGCCAUUAUUAUCCGGUAUCUCCACAACCAGAACUAACGAUCGGAGCUCAAAAGCAUGCCGACAAUGGCUUCCUAACCGUUCUCCUACAAGACCAUAUCGGCGGACUCCAGUUUCUUCACCGGAAUCAAUGGCUUAACGUUCCAUUUGUUCCCGGAGCUCUUCUGGUCAAUAUCGGCGAUCUUUUACAGCUGGUAUCCAACGACGAGUUUGUGAGCAGAGAACACAGAGUGGUGUCGAAUGGUGUUAGUCCACGGGUAUCGGUGGCAUGUUUCUUUACGACGGGGAUGGUUUCCACCGGCAAGAUUUUUGCACCGAUCACGGAGCUGCUAUCGGAAGAAAAUCCGGCCAAGUACCGGGCCACCACGGUGGCGGAAUUUGCUCAAUACUCGCAUUCUAAGGCCCUCGAUAAAUCUUGUAUGUUGCAUUUCAGGAUCUAGACUAGAAGUUAAUUUCAUAAAGCCCUUUGGGAAAUUUUAGUUUAUUCGAGUAAAUAUGGUUAUUCAAAGAGCUGCUGAAGUCUAAAGUCUUAUUUCAUUUCUGAUUGAUAAGAGGUGGUCUUGAAGUUUGUUUGCUUUUAUAAACUGAUAAAUGUCUGAAUUUGUUUAAAUUGUCUAUCUUACUUAUU